AGCUUCCUAAGCAAGCAGCUCGUUCUUCUUCCUUUUUCUCCGCACGAUUCAAAAUCUACUCAGAAAAUUAAUCAACAGCCAUGGAAUUCCUAAUCCGUUCGCCUUCAGUGCUUCAUGUUGCUCUUCUAUUCUUCAGUAUCCCAACACUCCUUAGCCUUGAAUCGGCCACUCUGAGCAUUGCCACCGACAAGGAGGCUUUGAUCUCAUUCAAAUCUCUGCUCACUGUGGAACCUCCAUUCCCCAACCCGCUCUCUUCCUGGGACCCAACCUCGUCUCCCUGCAACUGGACGGGAAUUCUCUGCAGCCCAUUCAACCGAAGAGUGAUUGCCCUCAAUCUUUCAGGCUCAGGGCUAUCUGGGUCCAUAAGCCCUCACAUAGGCAAUCUCUCCUUCCUCCGAUCCCUCCAGCUUCAAAAUAACCGUUUGAAUGGACCUCUUCCUGCUCAAAUCAGCAAUCUUUUUCGUCUGAGAGUUCUCAACAUAAGCCUCAACAGCAUGGAAGGCGCCAUCCCAUCUAAUCUAAGCCAGUUGAGGGACCUUCGAGCCCUCGACUUGACAUCAAAUCGGUUUUCCGGAAUUAUACCCACGGAGCUUAGCAACCUCAGAAGCCUCCAAGUGUUGAAGUUGGGGCGAAACCGCAUUUCUGGCGUGAUUCCGCCGGCGAUAGCCAACCUUUCCUCGCUUACCGAACUAAAUUUUGGGACAAACAGCAUUGCUGGGUUGAUACCCGGUGAGUUGGGUGGUCUUCGGAAUUUGAAAUGGCUCGAUCUCACCAUUAACAAUCUCACCGGAACGGUUCCUGAUUCCAUAUACAAUAUGUCUUCAUUGGUUUAUAUAGGCUUGGCUUCGAACCAGUUGUGGGGCAAGAUUCCUAACAAUGUUGGAGAUACACUCCCAAAACUUUUGGGCUUCAAUUUCUGCAUCAACAAGUUCACUGGUACCAUUCCAGGGUCUCUGCACAAUCUCAGUAAUAUACAAAUCAUUCGCAUGGCGCAUAAUCUUCUGGAGGGAACAGUGCCCCCUGGUUUGGGAAAUCUCCCGUUCCUGCAAAUGUACAACAUUGGGUACAAUAAGAUCACUAGCUCGGGUGAUGAUGGUCUCAGUUUUAUUGAUUUACUGACAAAUAGCACCCGCCUCAGCUUCCUUGCUGUUGAUGGAAAUCGUCUGGAAGGUUUAAUUCCAGAAUCAGUAGGCAAUCUUUCCAAGGUUCUAACGAAAUUAUACAUGGGAGAGAAUCGGAUUUAUGGAAGAAUUCCGGCCUCCAUCGGCCGUCUUAGCAGCCUGGCGUUGCUAAAUUUGAGCUACAACUCCAUCUCUGGCGAUAUUCCGGUGGAGGUUGGCCAAUUGAAGGGACUGCAGACGCUGAGUUUGGCUCGAAAUAACCUCUCUGGAAGGAUCCCAGAUUCCUUGAGUAAUCUUCAAAACCUAAAUCAUAUUGAUUUAUCAAGUAAUGAGCUGGUGGGAAGGAUACCUGCUGGCUUUGGGAACUUCCAGAGGAUCCUGUCAAUGGAUUUGUCAAACAAUAGGUUCAAUGGAAGCUUACCAACUGAAAUGUUGGCUCUCCCAAGUUUAACCACUCUUCUAAAUCUCUCCAAAAACCAACUCAAUGGACCUUUGCCUGAAGUUGGGAACCUAGAAAGUGUCGUUGCAAUUGACCUUUCUGACAACAGUUUGUCGGGAAACAUUACGAGUUCAAUUCGGAACUGCAAGAGCCUGGAAAAACUGUUUAUGGCCAAAAAUAUGCUCUCAGGCCCCAUACCCUCUUCUCUGGGGACAUUGAAGGGUUUGGAGACUCUAGACCUCUCCUUGAACCAACUCUCUGGCUCAAUUCCCGUUGAACUGCAGAACCUAAAUGCCCUUCAAUCACUGAACCUCUCCUUCAACGAUCUUGAAGGAGAAGUUCCCACAAGUGGGAUUUUCAGCAAGAAUCUCUCGAGUGUCCACCUGGAAGGCAAUCCCAAGCUUUGCUUCCAUCGUUUCAGUAGUUGUGGGAAUGGCGGGGGCCAUGGAAGGAGACUAAUCUACGUUGUAAUUGCCGUCGCUUUGGCAACGAUAGUAGCGCUUAGUUUAAUUAUUGGGUUUCUGUUUUUUGUAAAGAAAGGCAGAGUGAAGGCCUUUGCAUUGCUUGAGUCACUCAAAGGGCAGUGUCAAAUGGUUUCAUACAAUGAGCUCCGGGAGGCAACGGCAGGUUUUAGCCAGCAAAACUUGGUCGGAAGUGGGAGCUUUGGGUCUGUGUACAAAGGGGUUCUAAAAGGAGUUGAAGUUGCAAUUAAGGUGCUUGACAUAGAGAGGACUGGUUCAAAGAAGAGUUUCGUAGCAGAGUGCGAGGCCCUAAGGAAUGUGAGGCACCGGAACCUUGUCAAACUCAUAACUUCGUGUUCAAGCCUGGACUCCAAGAAUAAUGAAUUUCUGGGUCUGGUCUAUGAGUUCUUGAGCCGUGGGAGCUUGGAAGAUUGGAUUAGAGGUAAAAGAAAACAUGAAAACGGAGAGGGUUUGAAUGUGGCGGAGAGAUUGAAUGUGGCAAUUGAUGUAGCAUGUGCCAUGGAUUACCUGCACCAUGACAGUGAAGCUCCUGUGGUGCACUGUGAUCUGAAGCCCAGCAAUGUGCUUUUGGGCGAAGACAUGACUGCGAAGGUGGGGGACUUCGGGCUGGCUAGGCUGCUGCUGCAGAGGGGCUCUGACCAGGCUGGUCUUACCUCUACAAAUGGACUCAGGGGCUCCGUAGGUUACAUACCACCAGAGUAUGGGAUGGGAGAGAAAGCUUCUACUGCUGGAGAUGUAUACAGCUAUGGGGUUAUGCUGUUGGAAUUGUUUACUGGCAAGAGCCCAACCCAUGAGGACUUCGAGGGGGGCCUUAGUCUCAGCAAAUGGGUCCAGUGGGCUUUUCCCCACGACAUGGUCCUAUUGCUGGACCCCGAGCUGCCCCCGCUGAUGGGCCUGUCCCAUGACGCCGAUGAAAUCAGCCCAAAAGCCCAACUUAACAGCCUGGUGACGGUUUUCGGAGUUGGGCUAUCCUGCACCGUGGAAUCCCCCGAUGGCCGCAUCACCAUGAGAGAAGCUCUUCGCAAACUCAAGGCUGCCAGAGAAGGGCUCGUGAAAAUGAAAACAAGCCCAUAAUAUUUUUGGCCCAAUGCUUUUCUUGGCCAAGGAUAUAUAAUGCAUGCAUGUAUUUAUGUAUGUAUAAAUGUAUAUUACCAAGAAUAUAUAAUGUAUGCGUGUAUUUAUGUAUGUAUAUAUGUAUAUUACAAUGUAGCUACUUCCUCGGUCAACUUUAUUUUUGUAUCUUCAAGUCGUUUAGCGUAUCUUCUUCAAAUUAAUAUAUUAAAUCGUACCUCUUACUAGUUUUA